UGGUUUUUAAAGCCCUCUCCCGCGGCGGGCAGCUUGUGUAUGUCUAUAGUCAAUCAGAAAGCUUGCUGUCAGUCUGCAUACACACAUAGCGGACAUGGAUGGGGAGUACAACCGGCACAGGAGGUACACUCAUGAUACCUUUGACUUUCCACGUGAGUUUGAACACAGGCCUGAUGAACGUCAUAGAAGGGGAUCCCUCUGUGAUAAACACUGUGCUAUAAAUAUGCAGACAGAAUUUGUGGAUACACAUUCUGGAUCCCACCAGCAUAGCUUUCUCACCCCUCGACUCCUGCCAGGGGCAUCUACUCCAAGCUGUUGUCCUCAUCAUUCAACGGAAGUUCUGCCAUGUGAUGUCUGUUUAGUGAAAACCACUAUUACAGCUGAAAAUGAGGUGGAGGCUAUGAAACUGUCAAACAACUACAAGUUUGGCUUUAAGAAGUGGAAAGGUCAUGUAACAGAGCAACCGUGGGAAGAUCGGUCAGAAAUCGUGAAGGAACUCUACUCUGAACUGAAUGUGGUAAAAAGCCAUGUUGAGUCCCUUAUUACAUUUGGAAACAUUAUCUAUGUGGUAUUGUUUGGAUGGUGGGUCGCCCUCCUGUAUCUCAUUGUGUCACUUCUUAUGUUCUUGUCUAUAAUUGGAGCUCCAUAUGGAGUUUUGUGCUUUAAACUAGCUGGAUAUUUCAUCUGGCCAUUUGGAAAAGUAAUCCUAAAGAGUGGUAGCCUACAUUCCAGAAAGUGCUGUGUGAGAUUCUCAAAAUGUGAAGCCAUCCCAGAGGUGGAUGAAAAUGAGAAAACUCACCUUACUGAAAAAUGUGUGAACAUGCAUUCUGAUAUCCAGUUUUUUGAGGUCAACCACUGGUGGCGAGUCAGUACCUACAUUUGGCUUAUGCUGGGGUUUCCUGUGCUUGCAGUGACUCAUGGGCUGGCGUGUUUUAUCUCCUGGAUUCUGAUAUUCUUCAUUCCCAUCUCAAAGAUGAAUGCAAGGACACUAACUAAAGUGUUAAUGAUGCCUCCUGAACAUGUGCACAUUCGCAGUCCAAGAAUUGUAGACGAUUACAGUGAGUACGAAGUUGUUCUAUGCUGCUAUCACAGUGUGAAUAUUUAUUACUACAAGUACUCUGUGGAUGGACUCAACGUAUUUGCUGUCAAUCUAAUCUUGUUGGUCGUUGUGUCUUUGUCGCUGGGAUAUGCUGAUAGCCAUAACAAUUACACCAGCUCUGCAGUGAAAUUCACUCUCUCUCUGCUCUCUAUAAUGCCUUUGUCAUACUACAUUGGGAUGGCAAUUGCAAGUGUCUCGGCCCAGAGUAACUUUGCUGUGGGUGCAGUGGUCAAUGCUACGUUCGGUUCCAUGAUUGAGUUGACCUUCUACAUUACUGCAUUGAUUAAAGGAGCUCGAGAAGGGACCAAGUGCCUAGAGGAAGUGGUAAAGUCAGCCCUUACCGGCACAUUGCUGGGGUGUGUCCUCUUCGUUCCAGGUUUGUGCAUGGUGAUAGGUGGCAUCAAGCACCAGGAACAGAGAUUUAACAGCAGGUCAGCAGGUGUAGGAUCUGCUCUGCUAUUCAUAUCUGUUGGAGGUGUUUUUGCUCCUACCCUAUUUUCCAAAGCCUAUGGAAAAAUGAUUUGUGGGGAAUGCAUAACUGUUGGUCUGAAUUCCUCAGAGAGCUACAUCUGCCAAAACUGUCAAUCUCAAAUGAUGGGGAGCAACAACACUGCUUUUUACAGUGAAGUUCAGCCUUUAGUGUACACCGUGUCCAUUCUUUUGCUUGCUGCGUAUAUUAUAGGGCUCAUCUUUACUCUGAAGACGCACUCACAUAUAUAUGAUAUUCAUAUAAGUGACUGUCAUGUGCCCGGACACCACCAUAGUGCUGUAGUCCACUGGUCUCGCUGGCGAGCGAUGGUCAUACUCAUAGGCUCCACAUUGCUUAUGUCUGCAUGUGCAGAUUUGGCUACUGAACAUAUAACUCCAAUUUUGACAGAAACUUCGGUGUCUCAAUAUUUUAUUGGUGUUACUGUGCUGGCAAUGAUCCCUGAGCUUCCAGAAAUUAUCAAUGGGAUCCAGUUUGCUCUGCUUAACAACCUGAGCUUAAGUAUAGAAAUUGGGAGCUGCAUUGCGGUCCAAGUGUGCAUGCUGCAAAUCCCCAUCUUGGUUCUGUUUUCUGUGUUUUAUCCAACAGGAUUCACUUUGAUAUUCAGUGACCUUCAUCUGUGGGCGAGCAUGUUCAGUGUGAUUUUGAUGAAUUACAUCUUCAUGGAUGGGAAAUGUGACUAUUUUCAAGGCACCGUGUUGCUCUUUGUAUACUUCAUACUACUUGCUACGUAUUUCUUUGCUCCCUCACCUGCUGGAUGCUGAUGGUCACUUGAUAUCUGCUGAAGAGAUGAUUAGAAUUGUGUAGAUAAAAGAGGAUCACCAUCCACUAAAUGAAUGUGCAAUCAAGCAACUGCUUCAUUCCUACAAUGAAACCCACAUGUAUUGUACUGCACAUUAUUUUAAUCUAAGCCUUUGCAGAUAUAAGCUGGAAAACGGUAACCUUUCAUAUGUAUGUUGGUUAUGUAGAUCUCACAAUCUGCAGUACCAUUAUUCUCCACUAGUAUUAUCUGGUAGAUCUAAGACCUGUGCACAAAUCCGUUUCAGCUGCAUAGAUUUACAGCAAUUUAAUUUGUUUGAUAAAGCUGAAACCUAUUUGUGCACAAGUCUAGUAGAUUGGACUCUGGCUAGGAAAAUAUUUAAGGCCAUUUCUUAACCCUCUACAGGUCAGGUUUCUAUUGAGAAAAGAGGUGUGUGUUUUUGUUUUUUUAUUUAAUCCCAACAGCCAGUUGGAGAGCUCCUGCGGACAACUGAUGGGUAAUAUUAAUGAAGGUGAAAUGAGACAUUUGAUGUUUUCUAGACUGGGUUUGGGCCAUACAAUUAUCACUAAUUUAUAACGUUUUUUUUUUUGUUUUUUUUUAGAUGAAUGUAUAUUUCUAAAAUAGUUUUGACUCACUCUUAUUACAUGAAACCCCCAGACAUUAAGCUGAAAUGGUCCAUAAUGUAAAACAAAAAAAAAACACCCAAAGUAUUUUUUGUAUGAGAUUGUUUUUGGGGAAUGUGUUUUAUAUGUUUAUAGUGUUUUUCAUGUAUUUUCAAAAAAGGAAAUUGUGUGUGUAGAUGCAG